CCCGAAAAGACCUAAAUAAUUUUCUACGAAGUGAAUGUAUUGCACCAAAUCGAGCCAUGGAUACUGUAUUUCCAUGAAGCGACAGGGUGCAUUUUUUACGUUAAGUACAAGCAAUGGAUAGAUAUUUUCCUAUUUAAUUGAAAAUCUGAAAUGUAGCUGCAAUUUUAAAUGCAUUUUUAGCAUCUAAAGGCCGCCUAAUCGAGGCUUGAAAAAUUAAAGAUGGCAGCCAAAUCAGGAAUAUCCCUAAAUUACAUGGAAAAUGGAGAUAUUUCUUCAGCAGGUGUCUCCAAUUCCAAACAUAAUGAACUAAAGAAGAAGAUGGAAAAAUUGCAUCGAAGCUAUGUCAGAGGAAAAGAAUGGAAAGAGAGUAUGAGAGUUGUUCAGCAGAAUCUGUCAAGGGAUAAGAAAAUGAUGGUUGAAGAAAAAGAUGCCACUACAAUACGUUCAUGUUUAGACAGACUUCAAAGUUGUAUCAAAGUGGUCAGUCAGCAGACUCUGCUAGAGCGACUAGAGGCUUCCUCCAGACAAGUGGGCCUGUUGUUCACCCUGCCUGGGGCCUCAGAAAAGAGUGCCAUCAUCAGCAACGAAAUGUUCCGAAUUGAAAUCAUUUUUGAUCCCGGAGGCCUCGUUAAGGACGUUCGUGUCAGUCACCAGGGGGAGCCAGCAAGCUGUGAUGAAAUAUUAGAAGUUUUGAGGCAAGGAAACUUUGAGGAAUUUAUCGUUCACCUGAAAGGAUUACAGAAUAUUUAUAAUGUACCGGGAGAUAGGAAACAGAAAUCCAAAUUGUUUCUAGCUCUCCAAGCCUUGGAGACGGACCUGAAUGGUUUAGCCCAGUUACAGAGUUCCAUCAAAGGUGUAUCAAACUGCAUUCACAAAUCUCCUCUAGGAAUCCUACUGCCGAGGAAAGGAGGUUGCCCAAUGAAGCUUGUAUACUACGUAUCCCCUUAUGAUUUGUUGAACAAGAAGUCAAGAUCACCAUAUCCAAUGACUGUGGAAGCCAUAACAGAGAAUGGUUUAGGACAGAGUGUUACAGUGUGUAUGGAGCAGCAUCCUCACCGACGACUUCAGACAAUACCGUUAAUGUCUGUCAUACAACAAGACGGCAAAAGCUUGCCAUCUUUCCAAGCCUUAUCACAGGUCAACAGUACAUCUCUGCCGGCGUGUUUUACUCUGGUGUUAGCCAAACCGAUCCCUGUUGCCGUGUCCAUAAUCCAGGCCAUUCAGGAGGUCACAGAUAUUGACGUGAUAACAGAAGGAGGACCCGACUCCCUCCUGCAGCUGCUGCUCCCUCAGUCUGCCAGAUCCAAACCAGGCUCUGAGUUCUUUGUGACUCUGCCAGACCAACAGCAUGCGUACUAUCUGAUGGACAUUGGAGAGAGUUCUCUGGACCAGACUGCUAGAAUGGUCAGCAGGAUACCCUUUACGCACCCCACAAACGUGGCCAACAUCCUGAACCAGCUACGCCAACAGUUACUGUUCAACACAGUGAUCAGCAGUUGUAUACGACCUUACGCAAAACAAGAUUUGCUGUCCUCGGUAGUGUUUCAGCUAGUCUGCACCUCCUUACAGAAUUUCAGUGUCAUGUUUGAACACCCUCUUCAAGACACUAUGGUGACCGCUGAGAUUGACCUUAGUGACAUCACAGGGGUAAAGUUCAAGGUCAGUGUUGCUGAAGGAGAAGAGUUGCUAUCAGAUGACGCUGCUUCCAAAAUUUUCCAAAGGUGCUUGUCUAUCCCCGUGACUUUGAGGUCGGUUAUUCACAAAGUUUCGGAACAACUACGCAAAGAACCUUCACCCGAGCCUUCCCCAGUUUCCAUGGAGACGGAACAUUCCCCGUUUGUGAUGCCAGCAGAAGUCAACUUUGCCACACCUUUCCUGCCAUCACUGGACAACAAGACUCUGUCCAGUCCCGCAAACAUGGGAAUUCCCAAUGCCAAGAUUCCCCCAGGGUUUGGGGGAUUUCCGGUCCCUAAUAGUGCUGCUGUGGGGACAAUGUUACCCCCGCCCCCUGUUGGGGAAGAUUCUAAGAAAGUGGAUGCGGAUGUGCCGGGUAGUAAUCCGCUAUUAGUGACUUUAUUGGAUCAGGAUUCUCCUGAUCCCGACCCGCCCCCAGUCAACGAGAGCCCCAUGUUGUCUAAACUGUUGGAGGAUGCGCCUCUGCAUAACCAGGCCUCUGUGAAUAAUAACAAUAACAAUGUGGCAAACCUGGCCAGCAGUGUGCCCGUGCCACUUAAAAGUGGGCGAGGACGACCGUCAAAGAGAAAGUUGGCGGAAUCCCCUCGAGGGAAAAGUCCCAAGCACAGGUUAACAGACAGUGAUUUUCAGAGUCAAUCUUUCGAGUCGAUAAGCUCGUUUGAUUCGGAUUUUCAAAGCAUGGGGAUGGAUCCUUCACGUUCCCAUCAUUUUUCACUGUCGUCACCCAUUGAUCUAACCGAAGAUUCUGUGAAUCCUUUACGAAGAUUGGAGAAUACGUUAGACAGUAUUCAGUCGAAGACGUCCCAUCACCCCAGUGAUCCGUUGUCGGAUCUAUCGAGUGAGCUUGAUCCUAUGCAGGAUGUCAAUAUUUUUAAUCAAACGAAUUCUGUGCCAAAAAACAUGGCAAGGUCUACCUCUCUUGAGGGCAUCCUCAACAGGUCGGGAGAGGCGUCCAGGACAAAUGACCUACUUAAACCUCAUCUUCACCUUCAGAACAGCACCGAGACCCCAAAUCACCAGACACAGAAGACUUUGACGCGCCAGAAUUCAGUGGGGAGGGGAACUCCGUACCAGCAGCAGAUGUCGGUAGACUCGAACGACAGUUUCAAACUAGGCAGCAAUUUAUCUUUCUCUCGUUCAACCAGUUUCACGCAAGGAAACAUAAGUGACAGUGACACUGACCAGACGUCUCUGUAUUCCAGCAAGUCCUUUGACGUGUCGGAUUCGUUUAAUUUCAGUCCCGUGAGUAACUCUUCCGUGUCGCGCAUGGACGUCGGGGAGUCUUUGGAGAACAAGGUGGUACACAAAGAUCUGCGCUCUCUCUUGCUUGGUUCCCCCAACGAGAACAGUGUUCUACCCAGUAAGGAGCCGAAAAUUAAAAACGCCAAAGGGAAAAUGAGAAUGAAGCUUUCGGGAAUUAAGAAUUCCGAUUUGUUGGGAAUUAACAACAAGAAAUCUAGUGCUGAGGCUUACGACUUCAACAGUGAUGAAGAAGACUGCAAUGACUUGAGAAUGAUGUCAGCCUCUCCUGCUGGAUUACAUUUGUUUAACAAAUCAAAAAACGCCAAACACUUCUUGAAUAAGUAUGGAAAAAGUGACAAAUUGAAAAAGAAAGAAGCAAAAAACACGGAACCCGGAAAGAGGAAGCGAGACAAGAAAGAAAAGGAGCAUAAGAAAAGAAAACGGUUAGAAAAUAAUAGUAGGUCCACGUCGUGUGAAAUGUAUAGUGCUACACCUGUAGAGAGUGAAGACAAGACAUCAACAAAACUCAAGAUCAUUAAAUCUGUAGGACUUUCUAUGGAAAAUAGCCCCCGAUCUUCCCCCUCAAGCCGAGACAAGGGCGACGGAGGGAAAAAGUACGAAAGUAAAUCAAACGUAAAUAGUCAAAAAUCAGUGAAAAAUUCCCACAAGUCUUUGUCCAUGUCAAGUGUUAGUGUCAGUAAGGAAGACUCCAAAUUAAUGACAAAAACCCCCAAAAUCAAGCUAAAACCUAUUGCAAUACCCUCUACUUCUGCUGUUACCAGUGCUAAAACCCCCACCCCAACUUCCUCACCCACGCAGUGCAAGUCUGGAUCCUCCACUCCUACUUCCACAACUAUCGGAAGGAUCGGGGCCGUGUCCAUUCUAACCUCGGGAAAUUCUAAAACGGGAACGAUUACGCCCCCUCCUGGGAAAGUGACCACCCCAACUUCUUCAAAAACUCCACUCCCCUUGGGGGGUUCCUCUAAAACAUUUCCAAGCAAUAAAAAUGUUGCCUCCUCUUCAUCUACCUCACAAAAGGCUGCUACAGUGGAAAGAAAGCUCUCCCAAAGUGGUCGAUUGUCUUCUGGAAUUUCCAAAAGCUCAAACGGGAAAUACUCCAGCGAACGGAAAAAUGGAUCUCCCUCAUUGUCAGGGAGUAAGAGCAGUUUGAACUCUUCUAAGUCAUUGAACUCAUCUAGCAAGGGACAGUCAUCCUCUUCCUUUGGUAAGAAUUCCACUAAUCCACUUAACUCUGUUUUGUCAUUCUUGAAUCCCAAAGACAAAGGGCUGUCCAGCCUUCCACGCAUUCCCAAGAUCAGUUCUGCAUCUUCAUCCAAUUUGAACAGUACCAAAACAUCCGUUUCUAUGACCACCACUGCUGUCACCAUGACAACCACAGUGGCAACAAGUGUUGCUGGAUCUCCAAAAAUAACAACCGUGAACUCACACACUGGGACGAAAGUCAGUGUCUCUAACCAGUUCCAAGGAGGACUUAAAAACUCGCCCAAUUCACUUGGAACGCCAAAGACUCCAACAGGUGGGAACUUUUUAGCUAAUACCAAAAGUAAUGUGAAUUUGACUUCGGGCCCUAGGGGAGGUAUUUCUGGUGGAAAUUCACCCACUGUAAGAGGUAAUCAACUAGGAAACAGAUCUCCAAAUGUCAGUAAUUCUUCCAAUAAUAAAUCCCCCAGCAGUUCCGGCAAGUCUCCAUUAAGUCAAACAAGCAAGCCUGGAAGUGUGAGCCGGCAGAAUUCGAAUUCCAAUCCUCCUAGAACACCAGUUGGAGGUAAUACCUCACAUCCAUUAAAGACGCCUCCCAGUGCUAGCGGUAGUCCAAAUAUCAACAAGCUCAAUUCCAACAGUGUUAGUAACAGUACGAGUAAGGCCAUCCCACAGAGUAGUCCAUCUAACUACCCCACCAAACCUUCUACAGGACAAGGGUCGAGUGCUAUGGCUUCUUCCAAAAGUAGUAGUAGUCCAGCUGUGAGUCAGUCUUUAACAAGUAAGACAACGAACAGUUCGACCAAAGCUUCGGAAUCACCCAAGUCUGUAGUGACGGCUAGCAAAGUCACGAGUCCUAUAACUGUGAGCUUGGAAACACCACCAAAGACAACCGCUGGUUCUCUGGUGUCCCCCACUAUACCGUGUACCAAUUCCAAGAUCCGCCCCCGAAAAAGCUCCCUCUCAGCAGUGAUAGAUAAACUGACGAAUGCCAAAGUGCCUCAUGGAUUAGGAGGAGAGACAAGCAGGCAGAACUCUGUGGAUGAACCAGAACAAACCAAACAGAAAACAGAGAGUGCAUUGGAAAGUGUGGACAGAGCUAAUGGUAGUUCAGAUAAAAAUGGGUCCGACCCGAAAGCUGAUUCCAGUGAUAAAAAUGUUUCUGUUUCUGCCAAGGAUGUGUCAAGUGGAAUCGAUAAAAACAAGGAUUACAAAAUUGUGGAUAAUUCACGGAAUUUAUUCGCAUCGCUUCUAAAAAGUGCUUCAGAAAAUUUUUCUUCCAGACAUGAUAAGGACGACAAGGAAAAUGUGGCAAAGAAUGAAGUCAGCAAGAGUGUGGAUGUGAGUGAAGAGAAAGAAUCCAAAAUUAAAGAUUUAUCUAUGCAGACAAACAGUAAAAAAUCCCCCAAAGCAAGUCCAAAAGUGAAUGGUGAAACGACCACUGUGGAGAGUGUCCGUAAGGGGGAUGGUGAUGUGUUCAAAGUGCCGACACCCAAAAGCGUUGUGUCCAUCGACGAAAUUAAUUGCGAGGAUAUUGAGAACAUGUCUGUCCGACGAAAAGCGAGGAUAAGCACCACCAAGCCUGUUUUAAGCCCUGCUAGCUCGGGAGGAAGUCCGGAAAACUUGAUCAUCGAUUGUCAAUCUCCCCGUCAAAAUAUCAGCAAGAACAGCUCGCCCAAAUGUGUGGUGGACCUUAAUGAGGAAAACAAGAAAUUAUCGCCAGUGACGGUGGUUAAUUUCCGUCAGAAAACUCACACACCUUCUCCCAAACCAAAACCCUCCCCAAACCCCUCACCCAAGUCUAUACAACACAGCUCCCCUGCUGGUUCCAUAGAUUUAGACGACGAUUUGAUGAAUGAGGCCCUUAUGGGUUUUACGAGCUGAUAUAAUACUGUUAUGACGUGUAUUUUUGUGUUAACGAUUCAAUGUAGGGUGUUGCUCAAAUGACAUACUCAUGGCAACGUUGAAUGUUUUAAGAUUUUUUUUUUCUGUUAAGCAUCCUGCAUUAUGUUUACUCUACAGAGUCCUGCUUGCUUUGUUUUAGAUGAAUUUAUUUGUUAUUUAUUUACUUUUCUUUACGCACUUUUAGAAAUGUGUAAGUUACUUAGCUGAAUCUCUGUUGAUAGGGCCAAUCGUGCAACUCAAGAUCCACAGUACUAUAAAGGUUCUUUUCUUCCCAUUAUAAAAUUUCUGAAAUUUUUUGGACAAAAUUUUUUAAAAUCUUUGCAAGCUUUUCUGAAUUUAAUAAGAGAUCUCUGUUUUAAAAUGAUUAAGGUGAUGAUUAAUGUGUAUGCAGGGUUCAUAUCAAAAUUUUACUUGCUUCAGCUAUUGUCAAAUAUUGCAAACAGUGUAUAUGAAAAUAGUUUGAAUACUAUACAGGGUUAUUUUCGCCCCGCUUUAUUUUCGCCCUUUCACACUUAAAAACGUGUUUGCUCCGUUUUAAAUUCGCCCAGUCACAGUUUUCUGUAAGAAGUUAUACUGUGUACUUUGAAUUUCCCCUUUUUAAAUUCGCUCAUACAAGGUUAGGGGGAAAUGGGUGAAAAUAAAACAGGGGUUAAAAUUUCCCUGUGCACAGUAUUGUACUGGUUAUCCCAGAAGAUACUCUUUUAUCAAGCAAAAAGAAAAAAAAAUCCAGAGAAGUCUGUAAAUGGUGCUAACUUUAUCUAUUUAACAUAAAAAAGUUCCCUGAAUAAUUUUAAAUGAAAUUGAGUAAAUUAUGUGAUAAGCAUGAUGAGGAAAUGGUUUGAUUAAAAUGAAAAAGUUUAGAAAAUUUUUCUUUCAAGGAUAAAUGAAAAAGAAUUUUCUCAUGCCACCAAUGAAAAACUUUGAUUUUAGCUGGAUUGUAAAUUGAUGAUUUUUGGGGGGUCGAUUCUCCGUCUAAGGCAAUCAACAAUUUUUUUUUUUUUUGGUAAUUGAUAUUCAUGCAUUUUCCUCUGUUUUAUGUGACUUUUUCACAUGAUAUUAUCAUCAAUCCUUAGUUAUGGGUAAAACAAUAGGAACUGGGCAGGGAUAUCUAUUUAGUGCAUAUCAUUUUUAGAGUUUUUUUUUCUUUCAAAACUCGUAAAAUGCACAUUAGCUUUCUAUAAUCCUAAUUCUACCAAAGAUAAAGAUUAAAAACAAAUUUUCUAAGAAAAAACUGAUAAAUUUUACUCGCCUUUUCUUCUGUGUUUAUUAUAAGCAGUUCAUUAUUAAGGACAGAUGAUACAAACAAAUUUUUUCUUUGAAAAAGAUUAAACAUCAUGUCACAAGUUUAGAAAAGUGGAUGGUUCAUAGAAUUUUUUCUCCGAAGAACUGGAAUAUGAAAAAGACUCCGUAAAUAUUAGUAAUAUUUCAAUGAAAAAACAAAUAUAGACAAAUAACAUUCAAUAAAGGUUUACAGGUGAAAAUAAAUUUCAGAAUAUGUUAUCUUGGCGCUAAAAGUGUAUUAUAAACUUAAGAAAAAUAUGCCGAGCCAGGUGAUUUUUAUUAGGAAAAGCUAAAUGGUAUAAAUCAGCCUUUGUGAUAUUGCCAAUUUUUUGUCAUUUCGAUCUUCCUCUUAAAAUUCACCUGGCUUGGUAUAUUUUUCUUAAGUUUAUAUUACACUUUUAGCACCAGGAUAACAU